AUGAAAGAGAUUAUGGGAAUUACAGAUCGUCUUUGUCAAGCUUUGCAACAGAAAUCCCAAGAUAUACUUAAUGUUAUGCAAUUAGUCAGCUAUACAAAAACUUUAAUUCAGAAGUUGAGAGAUGAUGGUUGGGAUGAUUUGUUGAAAAAUGAAUUGAAUCACAGGUUUUGUCCGGAAACAAUGGAGCUUUUAAUUCUAAGCAAUAGUUUGGUUCCUAAGGAUGUUUACAAAGCAUUUGAUAUAGAUAAUAUAUGUGCUCUUGUACAUAAAUUUUAUCCAUUAGAUUUCGGUGAGCAAGACAAAAAAAGUUUGAGAUAUCAUCUUCAUUACUUCCAUCUUGAUGAUGUUAGUCAUCCAGGUUUGAAUAAGUUGUCAACUAUGUCUGAAUUGUGUGAAGCUCUCAAUACGACAAGGAAGGCGGAUACACAUUACUUGGUUGAUUGUUUAAUCCGCCUUAUCUUAACUCUUCCGGUUUCUACAGCUACUACAGAAAGAUCAUUUUCAGCAAUGAAGUUAAUCAAGACAAGAUUGCGUAACAAGAUGGAGGAUGAAUUUCUUGCUGACAGUAUGAUGCUUUAUAUUGAAAAAGAAAUAGCUGAUCAAUUUAGUACUGAUUCAAUUAUUGACGAGUUCAAGUCUAAAAAAGACCGAACCGUUAAAUUUUAA